UCGGGCUUCUCCGCCCGCGGACGCCGCGCCCGAGACGAGCCAGAGCGCUGCGGGCUCACAAAGCGGCCGGACGCGCGGCGGCCGCAGGUGCGCAGGGGAACGAGCCGGGCAGCAGCCUUCCCAGCCACCGCGGUACAGGAACCCCAGCAACUCGGGCGCCGGGACUCCGGCAGCCUCCCAAGAUGCCAGCGAUCGCGGUGCUCGCGGCGGCCGCCGCGGCGUGGUGCUUCCUCCAAGUGGACAGCCGGCACCUGGACGCGCUGGCCGGUGGCGCGGCCCUCAACAACGCCAAUUUCCUAGACAAUGACCAGUGGCUGAGUACCGUCUCCCAGUAUGACCGUGACAAGUACUGGAACCGCUUCCGAGAUGAAGUUGAGGAUGACUAUUUCAGAAACUGGAAUCCCAACAAGCCCUUCGACCAAGCUCUGGACCCAUCCAAGGACCCCUGCCUGAAGGUGAAAUGCAGCCCGCACAAAGUAUGUGUGACCCAGGACUACCAGACAGCCCUUUGUGUCAGCCGCAAGCACCUGUUGCCCAGGCAAAAGAAGGGGAAUGUGGCUCACAAGCACUGGGUUGGACCUUCAAAUCUGGUUAAGUGCAAGCCUUGCCCUGUGGCACAGUCAGCAAUGGUGUGCGGAUCUGAUGGCCACACGUACACAUCCAAGUGCAAGUUGGAAUUCCAUGCUUGCUCUACAGGCAAAAGCCUCAGCUCCCUCUGUGAUGGGCCCUGUCCGUGUCUGCCUGAGCCUGAGCCACUGAAGCCCAAGACAGAGAAGAGUGCCUGCACAGACAAGGAACUGAGGAGUCUGGCUUCCCGGCUGAAGGACUGGUUCGGAGCUCUUCAUGAGGAUGCCAACAGAGUCAUCAAGCCUACCAGCUCUGAUACGACCCAAGGCAGGUUUGACACCAGCAUCCUGCCCAUUUGCAAGGACUCCUUGGGCUGGAUGUUCAACAAGUUGGAUAUGAACUAUGACCUCUUGCUGGACCACUCAGAGAUCAAUGCCAUUUACCUAGACAAAUAUGAACCGUGUAUCAAGCCUCUCUUCAACUCGUGUGACUCCUUCAAGGACGGCAAGCUCUCCAAUAACGAGUGGUGUUACUGCUUCCAGAAGCCAGGAGGUCUCCCUUGCCAGAACGAAAUGAACAGAAUUCAGAAGCUGAGCAAGGGGAAAAGCCUGCUGGAAGCAGCUUUGGAAAAUGGGACCAUGCCCACAUGGCUGGGUCUGCAUCAAUUUCUUCUCCCUCUACAGAGGAGUCUGUGGGUUCUUCCCAUCCAUCAUCAGUAAGAAUUAACUCUCAGUGGCCUUUGGUAAGUCCAGCCACAUCUUCGUUAGGCCCAUCUGCAAAUCCUUCACCAACUCUCCUCACCAUGUGAAGCAUUUUUCUCAGUUCUUCGUCAAUCUCUAGGAAAACCAUAAAUCCACCCACGACUUAACUCUUUACAUCCUCCCCAAGGCAUUUACAGUUCCAGCUUUGAUGGAUAGUACUGUGUCAGCAGUAAGUGAGUGAUUUCCGGCCCUGCAUUACAUCUAGAUUAGGGUCUGCAUCAGCGGCAAGUCAAAUGUGACAGAACACCGGGUAAGCGUAGUGUCACUCACCACCCAAGUGCUUCCCUGGCCAAGUGGCUCCAAGUUGCUCUUGGUGGUAAAAAUACAACCUUAACACUUUCCUUUUCAUAGAAAUCUGGUCAGUAUGGCUAGACAGGCAUUUUAUUAUUAGCAGGACUUUAAAUCACAAAACCGUCCUCUUCGAAGUACUGUCUCAGUUUUUAUGGUAAAGCACUUGUAGAACCUCUGCAAGAACAAGAUGGCUGACACCUAUGCUUUCUGAUCUUGUCUCAGAACAAGGGCAGAUGACUUUUAUUUUUGUUUUUGGGGUCUUGGGAUCCUUUGCUCUAGUAACUGCAAUUGCAUUUUUGAUACACUCUGUGGUAUUGCCACACAGUAGCAGAGUUAACCCGCCUGUCAUGUUUUCUGACAUGGUACCUCCUUUGUACUUUAAAAUAAAAAGAGAGGGAUUUAUUUUAUGUGCAUUGAAUGUUCCACAUGUAUGUAUAGCUGUGUACCAUAUGCAUAUCUUGUGCCCAUUGAGGCCAGAAGAGGGCAUCAGAUGCCCUAGGCCUGGAGUUACAAAUGCUUGUGAGCCACUCUGUGGGUGCUGGGAAUCAAACCUCUACAAGAACAGUUAGCAUGCUUAGCCACUGAGCCCAGCUCCUCUGUACUGUAGUCUCUGCUGGGUGUCUUCUUCAGAAAGUGUCAAGUUCCAACACAACUGGAAAUUAGCUUCAGUCCAUGUUCUUUCUCCUUAAUUAACUCGUCUGCUCUGCUGAGAAACAGUCAACAUAUUCCUUUAGCAUGCACAGCCUCUCUUGAAAUAAUUUUUAUAUCUCUUGGUUCCUGACUUGUCUCUGAAUUGGUGUAACUAUACCUUACCUAAAAGGCUCGGUGUCACUCACUGCAGGAGACACCACACAGAAGACUAGAUAGGUUCUGUAACUCCGAGAAACCCAAUGGAAUCAUACUGAGCCUGCUUCAGAUCACAUCUCCCACCCAGUCAUUCGGUGCCUCCUACAGAACUAUCGCAUACGAGGUCCAUAAAUUUUUCAAUUUGAGAUGACAGCAAAACUAGCUUGAUUUCAUUUCCGCGUGAUUUCAUGCACAAAAGAUUUGCUGCCCAGAUGAACAAUGUUCAUAUUUCCUUUCUUCCGUCUUCAUCAAGAGCAUCCACUUUUUCAAUUACAGGAGGCCCUUUACAAUAGCGCUCUGCAUGGUGUUGAAGUUAUUGUUUCAAAAUAGAGUCUGAUAACAUUUGGACAGAGCAUAUGAGUUUCAUAGCAGUUAAGACUCUAUGAACAUGCAUAAUGGAGACAGAAAGACAGCCUAACUAUUUUGCUAUGAGAAAUCAAGUAAAUGGAAAAGAAAAUGAUCCUGGGGAAAACGUGAGGCAAAGAAAAUAUGUGCGCGAAAUACUGAAAACAAUCCCACAGCCGAACGUUUUUCUGCUUAGUUACUAAUUUAAAUAUAACACCCCCAUCAUAAUCAGAGUAGCAGAGUGAAUGAAACCAUCUACCAUCUUCUUUCCUUAGGGGGGUGGAGCUUUGCAUCCUGUCAACUACUUACUGCCUUCAUGAGACAGGUUAGGAUCAAAGUCCGUGAAGUAUAAAGUAAAA